AUGGCGACAUGGUUCCAUAUUCUCGGAUGGGUCCUUUCUAUCGCUACAGUGGUAGGGAAUGGUUUUGUGGUAGGCCUUCUGGCCCACACGCCCCGACUUCAUUCUACUUCAAACUGGUUCGUUCUGUCUUUGGCAGUGGCCGACUUCGGCGUUGGUAUCAUCGUUUAUCCUUUUUCAUUUUUUUGUUAUCGCUCAAUGCAGUGUAACCUUAAAGUAUACGUGGCGUUUUUCUGGUUUUUCCUUCAUUCGUCGGCCACAAAUCUUUGUGCAUUGACUUGGAAUCGUUACUUCGCAAUUGUUCAUCCAUUCAAGUACCAUAUGUCCAUGACCGAAAGACGUCCAGGUAUAGUUAUCAUGACAGCAUGGUUAGUUUCCUUUGCGAGUGCCUUGUCUCUUUUGGUGGGAUUAUACGCAACACAGUCUCCAACUGUCUUGAAGAUCUUGCGAAUAGCAAACAUCUCCAUCUUUGACAUAGUAUCCUGCGCACUGCUUUUGUAUUCCGUUAUUCGUAUUCUCAUUGUGGCUCGAACUCAGGCACAGCAGGUGUCCGCUGGAUCAGAGCUACACGGAAGGCCCUCCACGGAAGUAGAACCCUCGCGCAGAGGAAACCAGCGCAACACAGCUCUCUUCAUCAUCGCUUUAGUUGUGUUUUUCUUGGGAUGUUACGUAAUUGUAAGCGCUGUAACUCUUUGUUUGACUUUUUCCUCAUGUCAGACUUCUAAUACAGCUGGCCAGGCCAUAGUUUGCCUGCUUACUGUGAACUCCGCAGUGAAUCCUUUAGUAUACGCGUUUUUAAAGAGGGAUAUUAAGAGAGAAGCACAGAGGCUUUUCUGCAGAGAACACUUUAAUGAAGACUUGACUCGUCAAGUCCUUACAGUGAGAACGUCAACGGCAUUUUAAAAAUGCGGAACAAGUGCCAUUCUAUUAGGUCUUUUCAAGGGUAUCUUUUAUUCCUUCGUGUGUCGAUAGAAGUUUCAAAGAUGCAGCAAGAACCGUGCUUCUAAAACCUGUUAAUUCUUGUAUUUCGGCUUAGUUCAU